AUGUCGACCAUAGCUAGGUUAUUCUCAAGACCUAAAAGAGCCACCAAAGUUGAUCACCCGCCGCAGAAGAAGAAUAAGAAGAAGGAGAGGAAUACUAAUACAGUCUCCACCAUGCCUGGCUUAUAUUCAAGACCUGAAAGAAUCACCAAAGUUGAUCAACCACCUAAGAAGAAGAAGAAGGAGGAGAAGAGGAAUACUAAUACAGGGUGGUUUUCACAGCUUCCAGAUGACAUCGGUUUGAAUUGUUUAGCACGCAUCUCUAAAUCUCAGUACCGUUCACUCUCCUUAGUCUCCAAGGCCAUCCACUCUCUCAUCUCUUCCCCAGAGCUCUACACGGUUCGUUACCAGAUCGGAAACACAGAGCCUUGCCUCUGCAUACGUCAAGAGUUACCCACUCAUGAUCGUUGGUACGUUCUUGACCAAGCACUAAGUACCGACAGUAGUAAUGGUAAUGAGUUUAACUUAUUCCCUAUCACUUCCCUCUCUCCAUCAAAGUCAACCACUUUAGCUGUCGGUUCCGAAAUCUACAUAUUGGGAGGCAACAAGCUCCCAUCAUCCGCCGUUCGUGUGUUUGAUUUUCGGACUCGCACUUGGCGUGAUGCUCCUGAUAUGAGGGUAGCAAGGAAACGCCCCGAGUCUGCUCUUAUAGAGGGCAAGAUAUAUGUUGUUGGAGGAGGAACACAGGAGUCUGAGGUUUUCGACCUAAAUUCUCAGACUUGGAAGCCAUUGCCUAGCCUCAGUGAUGACUACAAGGUUCAGCUUUGUAGAGGAGAGUUAUUCGCCAUAUGUAAUCAUAAAAAGUAUGCAUAUGAUUCCAAACAAGGAGCAUGGAAGAAAUAUCGAGAUUUUUCUUUUAAUAAUAGGAGGAGACUUAGGAGUGGACCUUGGUGCGUUGUUGAAAAUGUAAAGUUUAGUGUUGUUGAUCGUAUGCUUAAGUGGUAUGAUGACUCAAAGCGUGUAAAGUGGUUCAGUGUUAAGGGUUUGGAAGAUGUGUUCAAGGAUCAUGUUAACCACCAUACGACAAUUCAGUUAGCUAACCAUGGUGGUGGAAGUAUCCUAGUUAUAUGGGACGAGCUAGAUUAUUCACUCGAGUUUCCAUUGGCCGGGAAGAUGCGGAAUCAUGUCUGCAAAAACAGGCGAAUUUGGUGUGCGGUGAUUAAGUUGGAGAAGCGCUUCUUCGGAUUGGAGUUUGAGAUUUGGGGGGAGGUUGUACGGUCCAAUGCUUUGCUUACAGUCCCCAAUUCAUUCAAGUUAUUAAGCUGUAUUACCAUUUAA